AUGGCCACCGGGCGCGGCCGGGUGGUGCACGACUGCCACGCCGAGGUGCUGUGCCGCCGGGCCUUCCAGCGGUACCUGCUGAGCGAGAUGGAGGGCCCCAGAGGGGAAGACGACGCCGGCGGCGAGCGGGUACUCGCGCGGGCGCCGGGCGAGGGGCGCUCAUGGGAGCUGCGGAGCGGCCUGCGGCUGCACUUCUACGUCAGCGCUCUGCCCUGCGGCGAGGCCGCGCUGGUGCCCAUCUCAGCACCUCCGAGGGCACGCUGGCGCGGAAGUGGCUGCGGCAGCAGGGCGGCCCCGCCGGCCCAGCGCAGGAGGCGGCCGCGCCGGGCGCCGCGCCGCUGGUCGACAGCAACCGCACGGGCGCCAAGCCAGCGAGCGGCAUGCCACAGGACCCACGCGCGGCGGGCGGGGACUUCCACCUCCGGGGCAUCCUGCGGUACAAGUCUGGGCGCAGCGACACCAAGCAGGAGUCGCGCUCCGUCUGCUACAGCCUGCUCCGACAAGAUCUGCCGCUGGAACCACGUCGGGUGGCAGGGCGCCCUGCUGUCGCGGCUCCUGCCGAAGCCCGUCGCCAUGGCCUCCAUCGUUGUCGGGGGCCCGCUCUUCGACGAGCCCUUCGUCCGCGAGGCGCUCUACUGCCGCGCUGGCGCCGCUGCAACUGGGCUGGGGUGCCCCGACUUCCGGCACACCCUGGUGCCGUUCCAUUGGUCGCGGGAGGCUAUGGAGGCGUCCGGGGCCGGCCUGAAGCCCAACGGCACCAAGGUGUCCACCGUGGGCCUCAGCGUCGCGUGGAGCCCAGCCGUCGGGGGCGGCGGCGCGCACGAGCGGUCCAUCUCUCGGAGCGUGGGCGGCUUCUUCGACGUGCUGAUGGGCCACACCGGCGAGCGGCAGGGCCUGCGGUGCGACCGGCAGGGGAAGAAGGCCAGCCUCGGCGGCGGGACCAGCGGCAAGGGCCCGCAGGCCGGCGCGCCCCAGCAGUUGGACAGCUGGGUCUCCCCCCUCUGCAAGUGCCUCAUGGCCAAGGACCUGCUCCGCGCCCUCCCGCGCCUAAACGGCGCACAGCUACCCGCGGCCGGCGGGCCCGAGCGCGGCGGCCCUGCCGCCGACGCCCCAGAGCCGGCCGCGGCCGGGCCGCCAGCGCCCUCGGCGCCGUGCGCGGCCGGGGCCGCUACCGCGGCCGCCGAGGCGGCGCCGAGCGCGGCUGGGGCCGCGCCCGACGCGGCCGCGGCCUCGGGUGCGGCGGCGGCCAGCGCCCGUGCGGAGGCGCAGCCGCCGCCGGCAAAGCGCGCGCGGGCGGGCGUUGCCGACGGUGCGCCGGACGGCGCGCUCGGCGGCGCGGCUGCGCCGCGCACCUACGGCUGGCUGAAGGAGGCCCUGGCCGACCCCGCCUACCGGGAGCGGCGGCGGCGGUUCCACUCGUGCGACGUGUUCGUGCACUGGCGGGGCAAGCAGGACGUCGACGCGUUCCCACUCGACCUGUGCGACCUCGACGCCGCCGCCAGCUCGCAGCCGUAG